AUGUCAAACUUCUUCGACCUCAAGGCCCGAAAGGCGGCGGCUGCUAAUGGGACGACAUCGAGCAGCACAGAAAAGCAGAAAAGCGAAACCACGAGGGUACAGCCUUGGGUCGAGAAAUAUCGACCCAAGACACUCAGCGAUGUGACAGCCCAAGACCACACCAUCACCGUCCUCGAACGGACGCUCCAAGCCUCCAACCUUCCACACAUGCUCUUCUACGGCCCUCCCGGCACAGGCAAAACCUCGACCAUCCUCGCGCUCGCCAAGGAGCUCUACGGCCCGGAGCUAAUGAAGUCGCGCGUGCUGGAGCUCAACGCGUCGGACGAGCGGGGCAUCUCGAUCGUGCGGGAGAAGGUCAAAGACUUUGCGCGCACGCAGCUGACCAACCCGCCGGCGGGCUACAAGACGCGGUACCCGUGCCCGCCCUUCAAGAUCAUCAUCCUGGACGAGGCCGACAGCAUGACCCAGGACGCCCAGAGCGCCCUGCGCCGCACCAUGGAGACGUACAGCAAGAUCACGCGGUUCUGCCUGAUCUGCAACUAUGUGACUCGCAUCAUUGACCCGCUGGCGAGUCGCUGCAGCAAGUUCCGCUUCAAGAGCCUCGACCAGGGCAAUGCCCGCCGCCGGCUGGAGGAGAUUGCGCGGUUGGAGGGGGUGCCCAUCGAGGACGCGGCCGUGGAUGCGCUUAUCAAGUGCAGCGAUGGUGAUUUGAGAAAGGCGAUUACCUUCUUGCAGAGUGCCGCUCGGUUGGUGGGUGCCAGCGCCUCGGUGGCUGGCGGCGAGGAUGGUGAGGCGAUGGAUGUGGACAAGAUGGUGACGGCCAAGGUUGUGGAGGAUAUUGCUGGUGUGAUCCCAGACAGUACGAUCCAGGCGCUGGUCCAGGCAAUGCGACCGCGGGCUGCUGGCGAGACGUACCAGGCAAUUGCCAAGGUGGUGGAGGAGAUGGUUGCCGAUGGGUGGAGCGCCGGGCAGACUAUGACACAACUCCAUUCGGCUGUUGUCUACGACGAGACGAUUCCCGAUAUCCAAAAGAACAAGAUCGUUAUGGUCUUUUCUGAGACCGACAAGAGGCUGGUGGACGGAGCGGAUGAGCACCUCUCGAUAUUGGAUCUUGCACUUCGCAUCUCGGGGAUUAUGGCGGGGCGGUAA